AUUCCUGAUUGCUAAUCCACUCUCUCUGUCUGACUUUACAUUGUGUGAUGUGAUGUGGAUUAUGCCACUGACUAAUCCACUCACUUGAGACGGCUCAACAUUGUUAACAAAUUGAUACUACAUUUACACGUUAGCUUAGUCGUUAAAAUAAUUCGGAAAAGAGCAGUGAUUCUUUAUGAUUUUGUAGUAAAGUAAAUGUCCCAGAGUGUUAAAGUUCGAAAAUUGUAUAAAAUCGUGGGGAGGGAGUGGAAAUUUCCGAACGUAGUGGGGAAAGAUUGGGUGGAUGAAUUCUUCGACAUUUGUUGAAGUUGGAACGUGCCACGACGGAAGAGAUGCAAGAAACCAUGACCUUAAAAAAUAAACGCAUCAUCAUCUACAUUGUGAUACUUAUUUUCUUAUUGUGGGGAAUUAAAGGAAUUUGGUGGAGCGGUACUAGUGAUGCUAAAUCAGUUAGUCUUAUCUCCGAAACUACGCUUCGUCAAGAGAAUCUCAUAUCGUCACUUAAAACUGAGGUGGCUAGACUACAACUUCAGUUGACAAAAUGUCCCCAUGGAGGACAAGACGAUGUUUCAAAUCUUCCAAUUAUUUAUGCAAUAACGCCAACUCAUAAACGACCAGUGCAAAAAGCAGAGUUGACGAGACUCUCGCACACUUUAAUGUUAGUGCCAAACUUGCGCUGGAUAAUUGUAGAAGAUUCCGAGACGAAAACCGACGUAGUUGCAAAAUUAUUGGCAAAAAGUGGAAUGCAGUUCAUUCAUCUUAAUGCAGCGACGCCUAAAGAGUGGAAACUUCGUGCCAAAGAACCACGAUGGAACAAACCUAGAGGUGUUAUUCAAAGAAAUGCUGCCUUGCAAUGGAUACGUGAUAAUGUCGAUCCUGGUACUGACGGUGUCAUAUAUUUUGUUGACGACGACAAUUCUUACUCUUUGGAAGUAUUUGACGAGAUGAGAAAUGUUAAAGGUGUCGGCGUUUGGCCCGUCGGACUUGUUGGAGGAUUGUUAGUUGAACGUCCGAAAGUUAACAUGUUAGGAAAGGUUGAAGGAUGGUUGACAGUUUGGAGUCCCCAACGUCCAUUUGCAAUUGAUAUGGCCGGAUUUGCAGUUAAUUUAAAAAGAUUCUUUCAACAAUCGGAUUGGAAAUUUGCAUACGAAGUGGAAAAGGGAUACCAGGAAAGUAUAUUUUUGCAACAUUUUGUCAAUUCCUUGGACGAGCUAGAAGUUAAGGCAGAAAAUUGCACAAAGGUAUAUGUAUGGCACACAAGAACAGAGGCUGUGAAUUUAAAUCAGGAAGAUGUGUUAAGGAAAAAAGGAAAGCCACCUUCUAACGUUGGAAUUGAAGUCUAGUCCCAUGCGUGCGUGUGUCCAGGAAAACAGCCGAAUUUUAGUUCUCAAAUUAUGUCACAGUAGACUUUUCAUGGAUGUUGAUUGAUUAGUUAAAAUUUUGACGACAGUUUGGAAACAACGACAACGACUUGACGGUUCAACCUCAUGCAUAUUUAGGAAUAUGUACAUAUUCAUAGUAAACUGACAAGUAAUUCACUGCAAUAAUUACGCACAAAACAAAUAUCUCUAAGCUUCCAAGAAUAGUAUGAGUGAGUAUAUUUCAAUACCAGUGACCAUUUUGUGAUACAAAAUUACUUAAUUUUUUAAAAUAUUUUAAAAUUAAUAUUUAUUUCGUGUCAUAUUUGUGUUACAUUUAUCGUAUGAUUUUAUCCUAAGUUCCUUUACCACCUUUCUGUAUUGAUCCUACUGUCUUUUUUAAUAUGCACUGUGUUUGAAAAUUUCGAAAAUUUUGUUGUUAUGUGGGGGCAUUUAAAAUGCAUGUACAUUAUUAGCAACCAAAUUUUCUAAAUAUUCAAAAACAGUGCAUAUUUAAAAAAUAGCAGACAGUAUAUAUAUAUACGUAAUGAAAAUAUUUCAUGUUUCCGUCCAAUCAAUUGCCAGGCACUAUUGCUAACCAAUUCAGCAAUAUCCUAAUAACUAAAUAGGGGUAAUAUUUAAGUUUAAAUUGUGAACAAUAAUUUUACGACGUGCCAUAGACAUUCAUAAAUUGCAAUAAAGUAACAUCGCAUAUUAUCCUUAA